UUUGAAGUAAACACAGUAUGGAUAUUUGCCAGUAUAGUAUUCAAUUAAAAAUGGUCAAAUUUAUUUAGUCAAAUAAUUUCUAAUUAGUGUAUAAUUUAAAGGCUUCAAAAUGUGGCCCAUGUUGUUAAAUAUGACACGGGAAGAAUGUCGCCAGACGCUUAGGAGACUUGAAUUGGAAGCCUACUCGAAAAUGAUGAGUGUGUUAAGAGCACAAGGGGCAUUGGAAGAGAAUAGAAAAAAGUUGCUUGAGGAGCUCCGUGCGGUUUUACAUAUAGGCAACGAUCGUCAUAGUGCCGAGGCGCGUCGCGUGUCUAAUGACGAGUUAUUAGCAACGAUUGCAGACCAAUUAGCAGGACCCAAUACAGGUAUAGGAUGGAUUUGCGAAGGCAGAAGACGAAUACCACUCCUGCCUCGGAGUAUCCCGCAAACUGCAUACACAGAGAUUGCGGAUAAAGCCGCAGAUGCUGCUGCGGCUGAGAACAAGGAGCUACAGAAGAAACUCGAAGCUGAAAAAUUGAUUGCACCAAAAUCCAGUGAAGAGCAACAUCCGGACCCUGAAAGUCAAACAGCCGAAGGAGCAUCCACAAAUGAAGAUAUGGACGAGUUAUUUCAUCCACCUAUUGCCAUGGAAGAUGAAACUUUAAAAAUGUGGGAAACAGAAUUGAUCUGUAGAAAAAGGAAAGUUCCCGAAGGCGGUGCAAUACCAGAGGAAGGGACGACGCCUGUUAAAAACAUGAGAAAUAUACAAACCAAUGCAAAUCAGAAACAUGUCAAUUUAUCUCAAAUAUACUCAAAAUACUCACAACCAGCUUCAAGUAAAUCUUCAAGUCAAUCAAAACACUCAUAUAAUCAAGUAAGCAAAGUAUCAACAAGUAAAUCAAAUCAACCCAACACAUCUAGAUCAUCCCACAAGCACAGAUCACACAAACAAAAUGCAAAGAGUACACACGCCAAGUCAAAUCAACGGAAAUCACAAGACCUGCCCAUGUCACCUAACAAACAGUACAAUUCUAAUGCGUUGCAGUCAGACUACAACGUAACUCCCAACUCAUUUCAAGCCAGUUAUGCUCAAACAGUGUUAUCUAAUAAAACCAAAUCGGAAUAUGUAGAUGAAAUCAAAACCAAAGUGUUGUCAUCACCCGGAAUGGUCACCGAUUCCCCAACAAUGCAACUUCUCACGCAACCGGCGACCGUCCCCCACGAACUUGGCGUGUCUGACAACGUCCACCCUGACGACCCCGCCACCCUACAGGCGCAAAGCACGCCAGUAUCCAAAACCACCAGCGGGAAACCUUGCCAUCUUAUCAUCAAAAAACGUGGCGAUACGACCACAGAUAAAGUACAAAUGUCUGAAUUUAAAAUAUUGCAAAACGCCUCCGAAGGUGUUAAGGUCCUUUCAAAUCGGCAAGUCGUCGUCGCGCCCACCUCGACGCAAAAGGCCUUAAACUCCGGUAAACUCGUCACCACCAAAGUUAUAGGGUCCGCUGCUAAACCCAGAACGCCGAGCACAGCGGUCCCCACUGACAAAAUGAUCGUCGUAUCUAAACCGACCUUGGAAAACAAAAUUAUGACAAAUUCGAAAAUUAUUUUAACCUCCUCUGUCCAGAGCACGCCAAAUAAAGAACCUUCUAUGGUCGCAGUCAGUGCUAAUAACAUAUCCAAACCUUCCGAAACUUUCACUCCUAAAGGUAUCCCCGCUACGGACCUAAAAGUAUCUGCCAAAACCUUUGUAUUAAAUCCGAAAUCGGGUCACAAAAUGGUCGUUGUGCCUGCCAAGAGUCGAACUAAUCAAAUCGGGGAAGUCCCAUUGUUACAUUUCAAAGGUAUACCCACCGGUAUGAAAUUCGUAGCCGUCAGUUCACAGUCAAACAGUCAAGUUAAUAAAUCGACUGCGAUGACGGUAGUAUCAAAAGCCGGUGUCAAUAUCGUCAAUACGAUUCCUUCCAAUGCAAAAAUCUUAGGCGUCGAGCCAAUUAAGACUGCCAACCUCGCCGAUAUAGUCCCAGUUAAAGGUCUCGCGCCCGUCUCCACACCGAAAAUAAGCAACCCCAUUGUGCGGCCGACUGUCACGACAAAAGGUAACGUGAUAGUGGUGCAGAAAGGCAGUGCCAUAGGCAAAGCAAUUACGUUCACUAAAAACGGUAACGAUGUAUCAAAAAUAAUAAUGGGUAAAAAUGUCAAUCAACUUCUACAAGCUACGAAACCGGAUCAAGUCGAUGUCGAAAAAUGUCCAGGAAAUGUUAUCGUACUGGAAUUAAACAACGAGCAGACCGCCAGACCGACCACCAUGUCGGAGAUACUCGACAGCCGCUCCAGCACUCCGCGGGCAUCCGAUCACUUUAAGAAAGUAACCCCACAAAUCACACAAGACACCCCGGUACUUUUCGAGAGUCAAAUAACCGAGGAAUCUUGCAAUCCAAACAGCUUAGACUCGUCAGCUGAAAGUAUAGGAGACAUCGUCCCGCUGGAACAAACGGAUUCACCGACGAUGCACAAAGACGAAAGCAAAGAUUUCGAGAAAGGCACAGAAAGAGUCAAAGAGUCAACGAGAGUCGCGGACUGGGAAAUGGAACUUGAGACCGCGUCCAAGGACAAGGACGAGGACGACAAGCUGAACUCGCUGCACCUGGACCUCGGGAUGUCCAGCGACAGCGAGGGUGAGUACAUGGUGGAGCCGCGGAAGGGCAAGAGCAAACGCGGCGCGCCGGAGACCUCCCGCCGGCCGACACCCAGCGGGGAGGGCCACGAACUGUACAUCGGGUCGGGGACGCUGUCGCUCGCCACGCGGACUCUGUUGAGUCAGUUGCAGGAAGAGGGCUCGUCGAGCAAUGACUCUUCGUUCGCGCUGCGCUCCAAGCUCGACAAGGCGAAGGACUGCGACAUAAAGCUCGACAAGUCGGAGUCGGAUGCGCUGACUAAAGCGAAGGAGAAGCUCAGCGAGAAGGUGGCGGAGUCGCAGCAGAAGAGGAUAGACAUCUAUAGUACGGCGAUCACCAGCUCCGAGAUCAACCUCGACUCGUUUUCGUAUCUGGACGAGGGUAUGCUGGUGGGUGACGACGUGUUCUCGUCGGCGGAGGGCAAACGCGAGCGGCGCGGAGACGCGCUGGACGACCAGCUCAGCCGACUGCUCGCAGACGACUCCGCCAACUCCACGGACUCACAGACCGUAAGUGAAAGUUUGCCUUCAAACAAACCAUGAGCAAUAAUUUAGUGUUUAAAUAUACGGUGCGGUGUUUUAAAGUGACAUAACAUUGUAAGAACGUUGAAUAGUGAGUUUGAAAACGGUGCGAUGGCGAAGGUUGACAGACAUGCAGCAAGAGGCUAAGAGAAAACUACGUCUGCGUUAGUUAAGGAAGCGAUCGAAUGUGAAAAGUAAAAUCAAGAUAAGUCUUACAUUAAAUUUCUAACAAAACGCAAAAAUGUACAUAAGUUAAUAACAAAUAAAAAAAAUUCAAGCAUCAAUUAAAAUUUCUUUAAUUGUCCAAAGUUCACUUAAUGAGGUCGGCUUUAUGUCUCACGAUUCUCUAAAUAUAUUGCGAUGGCAAUUUAUUGUUGUAUGAUAAUUGUGUGGCUUAAUGUACUAAAUUUCUUAUUUUGAUAAUUUUUUUACAUGCUUUUAAAUCCGGAUUUGUGAUAGUUAAAAAAAGAUGUCAAGUUUUUAAAAUUAUAUGUAU